CGCUGUUUAAUUUUUUAACGUACAAACUAAACAAUUUGACUUGAACAUUUCAUUCGACUAAUGAUUAAAAAGCUAUUUUGUUUUUUUCCCCCAGUUUAUAAAGCACGUCUUUUGAACUGUAUAGAGAUGUACUUGAUGUGUCUAAAAUUUAUAAUCUGCUCAGACAAAUCCUUCAAAUUUCCCUGACCGACAGACAGACUUUUUUGAAUCCAAUUGGGAAAUUUUUGUUUUACAGCAGCACGAUAAAGAAUAAAAAUCAUUCACUCCGUACUGGUAUUCUACAUAACGAAAAAGGCUUUCUAUUCUAGUAUAUUAAAAAAAAAAUAAAGUAAGGCUUUUUCUGAGUUUCCGAGUUUAUGCUAUCAUUAGUUGACAAGCUUUUGCUGUCGUUUUGUCUUUUCUGUUCUCACAAAAUCUAUUCUUUGUGAUUAUUUGGAAACCCGGAAGUACUUGUUCACAGUUUCUUCCCAUCCGGUGUAGAGUGGCGUGUUUACAUCCUGUCUUAAGCAUGCUAGCCGGAGAGUUUGGUGUCCAGAAACAUUAACGUUUACGACAGAGAAAUCGGGUAGUUGGCCAACCGGAUGUUUUUUCUGUUGUUUGUAGCUUCUUUUAAAGAGAAGACAGUGAAGAAAUGUCUGCUCCCGACAAUGCCACAGCUAGACCUAACGUGGACCAGAAGGUGCUGCAGUAUGAAACCUUCAUCAAUGAAGUCCUGAAGAGAGACUUACAGAAGGUGGUGGAGCAGAGGGAUCAGGUUUAUGAGAAGAUCUCUCAGUACCUGCAGCUGAAGAACACCAUACAGAGUCUGCAGAUGCUAGCCAUGCUAACCCUGUGUUUGUGUUACAGCUUCACUGAGCAGCUCACAAAAGACUCUGCCAAAAUAAAAGCCCACAUCCGCAUGGUGCUGGAGGGUUUGAGGGAGCUGCAGGGCCUGGGCGACCUGCCAGAGACGGGUUAACGAAAGCCGGCUGCUGAUGUCAACGGUGUGUUUUGGGAAAACAGGGUCAAGGAGAAGGAAAGACUUCAGGACUAAAGCCUGAAAGUCGUCACAGAGCUGAAGAGGAGGAUUAGUGCCUGAGCCUUCUCAGAGUCAAAACUCACAGUCAUGAAACACGUACACUCGACGUGUCUUUGUGUCUUUGUGAAACUCGUCUGUUGAAAAUCAGAGAAUAUUCCUGUUUUUUGUUUUUUGUUGUCUUCAGUGUCACAUUGAAAAAGGGGGCUGCUCAGAGAUGAUCCUGCAGCCUCUAAACAGACACUUUCAGUCAAUAUGACAAACCUGAUCUCAUAGGUUGAAAAUAAUGUGACAGGAAGUGAGUGAUGUUUCACUGUUUGGAGUUUGAAAUAAAUUGUUUUGUGAAAAUGA